AGGUAGCAUGACUGUGACCAUUCAAUUCACGACGACAGAGGAAGUGAAUGCAUCAGCUAGCACUUUGUUCUGAAUAACCGCUAAGUUGCACACCUUACACGCAGUGAAUAAGAGAUCGUUUCUGUAAGGAUUGCCAUAUGGAUCCUCCUCUGCCACCGAAGAACCGGAAUCGAGAGCCAAAGCGCAGCCAGAAUCAGUCGAGCACUCCUCCUCAGAAAGACGCAUAUGCCAGGCUUCUCAGCCAGCAUUGCAGCAGCAAGUUCAGUCUGUAUCUAGAGCAAUAUGCUAAGGACACAGCAUUUCAAAGGGAAGGGAAUGGGCCAACCACACUGCUCAAAGUUCAGAGUGACAGGCAGAACAUACCACAACGAAAAAGGGACCAAGUGCCCAAUGAUUUCUCUGAUUCGAGUGACUUCUCCCCCUCUUCCAUGAAAAGUAAAGGAGAGGAGAGUUCUCUGUCUUUAUACAUGGAGAAACUAAGCACCCGCAGUGCUCAGCCGGACUGUGAAAGAAAGCAGGGUGUGUCUGACAGACAGCGAUGGGGACAGAGAAGGGACACCGCCACCAGCCACGAUGGAGACGUCGAGUCUGGUGAGGAGCUCAGCACUUUAAAACCCAACGACUCGAGGAAACACCAGAAGCAGCAAAAGAAAAGCAAAGACUCUAACAGAGAGGUCACCUCAAAAGAGGCUGACUCAUUUGUUGGACAUCCCCAAUCCCCAAAGAAAGCCAGUACAAGUGGACAGGAGCAAGAGAAGAUGAAAAAGUUAAAGAAAAAAAACCUGCCAAAGCACCCGGAAGAGGAGAAAAGCAGAGAAGGGACAUCAAAGUCUGGGUUUGACUCUCAGAUGUCCCCUUAUGGUAAAGACAACACAAUGCAGCAAUCCAGAGCUUCAAGUGCCAAUUCUCCUGCUGAAAAGAGUAAGAACAAAGGAGGCAGAGGAUCAAAGAAACAGGUGUUUGAAUCCUACAUGGCAUUUGAGGAGGUUUCCCAUGGCCUUAAAAGAGGAGAACUCAUUCAGGGGCAGUUAAGAAUCAACCCAAAGAAAUACCACGAAGCUUUCGUCCCAUCUCCUGAUGACAUAAGGGAUAUAUUUCUGGAUGGGAUUGUGGCUCGUAACAGAGCAUUGAAUGGAGACAUAGUGGUGGUGCAAAUUCUCCCUCGGGAGCAGUGGAAGGUUGUGAGGUCAGAUACUGACUGUGAUGGCACCAGUGAGUCAGAGAGCUUGAAAGAAAACAUGGUGCAGAAAAAGACAGCACGCACCCCCAGGCCUGAUGUUACUGUGGAAGACCAGCAUAGCGACCAGGAUGAACUCAUCCGCAAAGUGCAGAACACCACCCUCACUGACACAGAAGAACUUCUGGAAGACCCCUCAACACCACAGCCCAAUGGGGAAAUACUUCAAAAGACUGCUAAAGUGGUGUACAUUGUUGAAAAAAAACACUCGAGAGCUGUGACAGGCUUCCUGAAAUUCCUACCAGAUAAGCCUUUUGCCAUGUUCUCCCCCGUGGACCACCGGGUGCCACGGAUUAACGUUUUCCUAGCUGACUGUCCCGAAGACUUUAGUUCCCGCCCGGGGGACUACAGUAACACCUUGUUCAUAUGUCGGAUCACCAGCUGGGCAGCCGACAGCAACUUUGCUGAAGGCCAGCUUGCUAAGACACUGGGUCAGGCUGGAGAAAUUGAGCCAGAGACGGAGGGCAUCCUGAUAGAGUACGACGUUGAUUUUUCGGAGUUCUCAGAUGAGGUGUUAGACUGCCUUCCCAAGAAUUUGCCCUGGACCAUCCCACCUGAGGAGAUGAGAAAAAGGAGAGACCUGAGGAAGGAGUGCAUCUUCACCAUUGACCCUUCUACCGCCAGAGACCUGGACGACGCUCUGUCCUGUAAACAACUCCCUGAUGGUAACUUUGAGGUGGGAGUCCACAUUGCUGAUGUGAGUUAUUUUGUGGGGGAGGACAACGCUCUGGAUGCCAUUGCUAGCCAGAGAGCAACUAGUGUAUAUAUGGUUCAAAAAGUGAUUCCCAUGUUGCCCAGGCUGCUGUGUGAGGAGCUGUGCAGUCUGAAUCCUCUCACUGACAGACUCACUUUCUCUGUCAUUUGGAAAAUCACACCGGAGGGGAAGAUCCUGAGUGAGUGGUUUGGCCGCUCUGUCAUCCGCUCCUGCGUGAAGCUGAGUUACGACCAUGCUCAGAGCAUGAUCGAGGCCCCUGAAAAGAUGUUCUCCGCUGAGGAGCUGCCACCUGCGGACCCUGAGCACCCCAUUGAUGAGAUCCAUCAGGCUGUGCUCAACCUGCACUCUAUUGCCAAGAACCUCCGGGCUCAGCGCUUCUCCGGCGGAGCCCUCAGACUCGACCAGUUAAAACUGUCUUUUACCCUGGACAAAGAGACCAUGAUGCCUCAAGGCUGCUAUGUUUACCAGUACAGAGACAGUAAUAAGUUGGUGGAGGAGUUCAUGUUGCUGGCUAACAUUGCCACAGCCCACCACAUCUACUCCAGAUUCCCUGAGCUGGCCCUGCUCAGACGCCACCCUCCACCAAAGACCAAAAUGGUGGAUGAGCUGCAGGAGCUGUGUGACCAGUUGGGAAUCGACAUAGAUCUCUCUUCUGCAGGAGCGUUGCAUAAGAGUCUCAAUACUACACUUGGUGAUGAUGAGUAUACCACUGCCAGAAAAGAAGUCCUCACCCACAUGUGCUCCAGACCCAUGCAGAUGGCGUUGUACUUCUGUACAGGUGCACUCAAGGACGCACAGUUAUUUAAGCACUACGCCCUCAACGUUCCUCUCUACACUCACUUCACAUCCCCCAUCCGACGCUACGCUGACAUCAUUGUCCACAGGCUGCUGGCUUCCUCACUGAAUUGUGGGCCUAAUUUGGGGCUGUCAACAGAAGAAGUCCAAAAACAGGCAUCCCACUGUAAUGACAAGAAGACUCUAUCCAAGAGAGUCCAGGAGCUCAGCUCUGAACUCUUCUUUGGAGUGUUUGUUAAGGACUGUGGCCCGCUGGACUCUGAGGCCAUGGUGAUGGGAGUGCUGGAUCAAUCCUUUGACGUGCUGGUACUCCGAUACGGAGUACAGAAACGCAUCUACUGCAAGUCUGUUGCCGGCUUGGAGUCGUUCCACCAUCGCAAGGUGGGGAAGAAAUCCGAGCUGACUCUGGUCUGGACACCAGAGGACCCAGAGAAAGCAUCAGAAGAGCAGGUUAUUUCAAUCUUCACGUUAGUGGAGGUGCAGCUGAAAGCGGACGGUGCACCCAUGAAAUACAGUGCGGUGCUCAAGAGGCCUGAGGAGAACAAGUCAUAAACACAACUGAAUUGCACAUAUUCUUUUGUCGUCUGGUGGUAGCAGUUUAGGAGCAGUAUUCUUGUGGUAAGCAGGAAAAUCUCUAAACAGGUCAGAGUCACAUUUCAAUGGAAAUUCCCACUAUAAGUUUCACUCUUAACCAAAAGGCCCAUCCCACUGUGUUUCAUAUGUUAGCCCACUUACUGCAAUCAACCUUCUUGCAUGUACAUGACUGUUGCCCUUUUCCAAGGCAUAGUAUGUGUCCAUCUAAGGUAGAAGGCACAAAAGGCAAGUUUACUUUUUUAGGAUUAUUUUUUUAGGGCUUUUAUUACCUUUUAUUAUAGAGCAGCUGGAGAAUGACGGGGUCGGAUUCAAACCCAAGCCGCUGCCAAGGACUACUAGGAGUUCACGUUUUAAUGAGUGAGUUAGUGGUCAACCUGGCAAGGGUGACUUAACAUGACUAUAUUCUUCAGAAAUCACGUGUGCCCGCCUGUGUUUCUUGUGUAAAGGAUAAUGGGGAGAUUGCAAGAGAGGGAGGCUAAAUUAGUCAAAGGAAGAAAAACCGGCAGAGAAAAAUAAAAAAAAAAUAGCUACAAUGAUCUUUGUGUGCAUCUCUGAUUGGGCCAAAUAAGGAUAGCCAGGCACAGGGGUGGAUCCAGGGUUGGGGAUUUUGAGAUAGCUGGGUCAGGGGCAAAGUUGUUUUUUUUUUUGUUUUUUUUUUUCAUGCCUUUUUUUUAAUUCCCCUCCCAUUUCUUAAUCCCAUUCUAGUCCCCCAAUACUCCCUCCCUCCACAUUCAUCGGCCCAGUGCGAGGUGGUCUGAUCUUUAUCUGUUUGGGAUGGAGGUAUAAUAGAAUAAAACAAAACAAAUUUGAGUAAAGCAUAUCAAAAGAUAGGCUAUCUCUCACUGUUCACGAAAGUGAAAAAUAAUUUGUGUAUUGGCCACGUGAUUUGGAUCCACUCAUAAAUGUAAUGGGUUCUUUUUUGACUCCUCCUACACGCGCCAGUAGUUUUUCCCUAAUAGUGCUGGAAUUCCAACCGUAAUAAUGAGAGGUAAUAAUGGCCAUCUUGAAAGUAGAAACAAACAAACAAACAAACAAUUACAAACAAUGGUUUGCCAAAAUGGUUGACUGGGUGAGGUUUGACAUAUGAUACAUAGUGAGUGGUUACAAACUUUUAAUGUUUUAUUUCAAGCCUUGAUGUUCUCACUAAUAUGCCCAUUAUUGUAUGCAAUUUAGUGGAUGGAUUUCAAAUUGAAUUGUGACCCAGGUCUGACAGGGAAAGAUCCAAGCAGCAAUUAGUUUUAGUUUGCUGUUGAUUAAUUGACCUUUAUGAGGACCGUUUUUAUGUUAAAGAACUGUUGUACACAGUCCAACGUUUAAAAGCUGAUUUUCAGUUUAAUAUCAAUGACUGCUUUCCCUAUUCAAGAUUGAGAAGAGAGACUUAUUUUUGAGUUUUUAAAGUUCAAUACACUACUGCAUUUUACCUUUUUGGCUGUCUUUGACUGACCAUGGUUGCUAGAGUGAAGCUGCAUGGAUCAAACUGUAAAAAUGUAUUAGUAUUAGCAAAGUAAAACCUUUGACUACAGCAGAUUUAAUGAACAGGUAUAUUCACGUCUGUAGAGAAACAAAAGAAAACA